AUGAAAUCAUACAUCUAUCUAUCUAUCUCUGUUCCUAUCUAUCUAUCUAUCUAUCUAUCUAUCUAUCUCUGUUCCUGUCUGUCUAUCUAUCUAUCUAUCUAUGUUCCUAUCUAUCUAUCUAUAUCAGUCUGUUCCUAUGUGUCUGUCUAUCAAUCUCAGUCUGUUCCUAUCUAUCUAUCUAUCUAUCUAUCUAUCUAUCUAUCUAUCUAUCCUAUUUUAGUCUGUUCCUAUCUAUCUAUCAAUCCAUCUAUCUCUGUUCCUAUCUAUCUAUCUCUGUUCCUAUCUAUCUAUCUAUCUAUCUAUCUAUCUAUCUAUCUAUCUAUCUAUCCUAUUUUAGUCUGUUCCUAUCUAUCUAUCAAUCCAUCUAUCUAUCUCUGUUCCUAUCUAUCUAUCUAUCCUAUUUUAGUCUGUUCCUAUCUAUCUAUCAAUCCAUCUAUCUAUCUCUGUUCCUAUCUAUCUAUCUAUCUAUCUAUCUAUCUAUGUUCCUAUCUAUCUAUGUUCCUAUUUAUCUAUCUAUCUAUCUAUCUAUCUCAGUCUGUUCCUAUGUGUCUGUCUAUCGAUCUCAGUCUGUUCCUAUCUAUCUAUCUAUCUAUCUAUGUAUGUAUCUAUUUCAGUCAGUUCAUAUCUAUCUAUCUCAUCUGGGGAGUUAGGUGGCCAGAUGUAAGGGGUGAUGUGAUCUAUCUAUCUAUCUAUGUCAGGUUAUAUCUAUCUUUCUUUCUAUUUGUCUAUCUCAGUCUCUUAGUAUCUAUCUGUCUGUCUAUCCAUCUAUCACAGUUUCUUGAUAUCUAUUUAUCUCAAUCUAUUAAUAUCUAUCUAUCUCAAUCUGUUCCUAUCUAUCUAUCUAUCUAUCUAUCUAUCUAUCUAUCUAUCUAUCUAUCUGUCUGUCUGUCUCUGUUCCUGUCUAUCUAUCUAUCUAUCUAUCUAUCUAUCUAUCUGUCUGUCUCUGUUCCUAUCUAUCUAUCUAUCUAUCUAUCUGUCUGCCUGUCUCUGUUCCUAUCUAUCUAUCUAUCUAUCUAUCUGUCUGCCUGUCUCUGUUCCUGUCUAUCUAUCUAUCUAUCUAUCUAUCUAUCUAUCUAUGUUCCUGUCUAUCUAUCUAUCUAUCUAUCUAUCUAUCUGUCUGCCUCUCUUCCUAUCUAUCUAUCUAUCUAUCUAUCUAUCUAUCUAUCUGUCUGCCUCUCUUCCUAUCUAUCUAUCUAUCUAUCUAUCUAUCUAUCUAUCUAUCUAUCUGUCUGCCUCUCUUCCUAUCUAUCUAUCUAUCUAUCUAUCCCUAUCUAUCUAUCUCUGUUCCUAUCUAUCUAUCUAUCUAUCUAUCUAUCUAUCUAUCUAUUUUUGUUUUCAUAUACUGUUCAUAUCUAUCUACCUAUCUCGACCUUUUUAUAUCUAUCUAUCUCAGUUUGUUCGUUAUCUAUCUAUCUAUCUAUCUAUCGCAGUCUGUUCAAAUCUAUCUAUCUAUCUAUCUAUCUAUCUAUCUAUCUAUCUAUCUAUCUGUCUAUCUAUCUAUCUAUCUCCGUCUCUUCAUCUCUCUCUCGUUCUCUCUAUGCUUACUGA